UUGAAGAUCUUUCUCUCUCUUUCUUUAAUUGUUUUAGCCUUAUAAUGCUACAAAUAUUUUGUGCUAAAAAUCAUCUCAAUUCUUGAAUCUUUCGUCUUUCUUCAAAAAAUUCUCAAAGUUUCAAAUAUUAUUUUCUUGAUUUUAUUUUAUUUUUAGAAAAUAUGGGGAGCAAUUAUUUUGGUGAACCAAACUUUGUAAAUGAAAGAUCAUCAUCAUCUUCAUCAGGAUCAUCAAGAAAAAGCAAGAAAAAUAAUUCAGAAAAACCAAACAAGCAACCACAAAGAGGACUUGGUGUUGCUCAAUUAGAGAAAAUUAGAUUGCAUAGUGAAAUGGGUGCUAAUUAUCUUCACAAUAAUAAUCCUUAUGCCAACAAUCUCACACAGGAGGAUAUGAGACUACAAGCAACAUAUUCAUCAUCUUCAUCUUUUUCAUACUCAACAACUUCUUCUACUUAUGGUUUUCCCAACCACCAAGGCAUUAUGAUGGGAAUGAGUGGCAUUGAUGGAGCAAAUAUCAGAUAUGGAGAUUCUCAGCCUAGUUCUAGACCAAGUACAUGGCAUCCUGGCACAGUGUAUGAUCCUCAAGUGUAUGCUCAACCUAAUAUGACUAGACAUCACCACAACAUGCAAAUAGAGGAUUCAAUGGAAAGGAGGAGAAAGGAAGAUAGAAGUGACUCUAUUGGUUCAAAUAGUCAAAAUUCUGAAUCAAAUGGCUGUCAAGAUUUAGAUUUGGAGCUCAGACUUUCCCUUUGAUUUACUACUAUUAUUACUAUGGAUUUGAAUAUAUCUUAUGAAUACUAAUCAGUUAAUAGUGUUUUAAAAAAAAAUUAAAAAAAAUUAGAGAGCACCCUUUGGUUUGUAUUUUGCAAAUGUUGCACAAAUUUAUUAUGAGCAACUUAUUGAAAUUCACUAGUCUUUUUUUUUUAUUAGAAAAAUCAAGAAGUGUAAUUGAAGGAAAUUGACUUUCCAUUAAAAAAAAAAUUGGAAAACAAUAUCCAUGGGAUGUGUUAUAAUUCCAUUGCAAUGGAGGGAAAUUGUACAAA